AUGCCUGGGAGAGGGACAACGGAUGCCAUCUUUGUUGUCAGGCAGAUGUUAGAAAAGUAUGGUGAAAAACAGAAAAAGCUACAUCUGGUCUUUAUAGAUCUGGAAAAGGCAUAUGACAGAGUACCGAGAGAGGAAGUGUGGAGAUGCCUGAGAGAAAAGAGAGUGUCUGAAAAGUAUGUGAAGUUGGUGAAGGAUAUGUAUGAGGGAGCGAGGACGCAAGUAAGAACCAGUGUCGGGCUGAUGGAGAAGUUCACAGUAACAGUUGGACUUCACCAAGGCUCUUCUCUAAGCCUGUAUAUCUUCGACGUGAUAAUGGAUGUGCUGGGCCAAGGGAUCGUUGAACUGGCACCUUGGGACAUGUUAUUUGCAGAUGACAUAGUCCUCAUAGAUACCAAGGGAGUAGAGCAGAAAUUGGAGAGAUGA